UUCAUUUUCUCUUUCUCUUUUAAUCAGCUACUGAACCUUGCCGGUGUUUGCUUCGUCAAUACGUCACCGUUUCACUAACCCCAAAUUAUCCGAAUCCCUGGGCCCUCAAUUGGGACACACACACUCUCAAAGUUUUAACUUUUAAUCUUUCGCACUGUGCACAUGAUUUUGAUAUUUGAUAUUUGACAUAUUUUAUAAUAAAAAUGAUGUAUUAUAUAUCCAUUUCCAAUUCCGUUUCCCCCUCCUUUCUUGAAUAUCCUGGAGUAUUUACUUCUUUCAUUGGAGCCUUUCAUCAAACAGUUUCAAUACGUGCCUUUAUAUUUCAAUAUUUGUAGCCUUCUGGCGAGUGGAGUUGGUGAAAAGAUUUGGUUUUUUCCCAUUGUCGGAGAUUCGUGGAUCUUGUAGUUGGUGAAUGGAUUUGGAUUAAUGGGAUUGUGCAAACUUUUUAUCUUUGUUGCGAAGGGUGGUGGAUUCAAGUGAAGAUUCUCUCUCUCUCUCUCUCUCUCGGAAUGGAUAUAACGGAAGUUACGAUCUUGCAUCAUGUGGGGAUCGUUCUGAUGGUGAUGUGGUUGCUAUCUGCAGUCAACUAUUUCCAUCCAUUUGCUUACUUUGUUGCUUUGAUCUAUCUUUACCUGGUUCAUGAGCUUUAUGUUACAAGGCUGCGGAAGAAGGUGCAGUUUGAAGAGAGGAAACAAGCUAAUCAAAGAAGGGUGCUUUCAGAUUCUGAAACUGUCCGGUGGUUGAACCAUGCUGUUGAAAACAUAUGGCCUAUAUGUAUGGAAAAUAUUGCCUCUCAGAAUAUCUUGCUUCCCAUCAUACCAUGGUUCUUAGAGAAGUACAAACCUUGGACUGCAAAAGAAGCUGUUGUGCAGCACCUAUACUUGGGAAGAAAUCCCCCUUUGUUUAAUGAAAUUAGGGUACUUCGCCAGAAUGAUGAUGACCACUUGGUACUAGAGUUAGGAAUGAAUUUCCUCACGGCAGACGAUAUGAGUGCAAUACUUGCUGUGAAAUUAAGAAAAAGGUUGGGAUUUGGAAUGACAGCAAAGCUGCACAUAACGGGAAUGCAUGUUGAAGGGAAGGUCUUGGUUGGGGUGAAGUUUCUCCGGACAUGGCCUUUUAUUGGCCGUUUGCGCGUAUGCUUUGUUGAACCUCCAUACUUCCAAAUGACUGUGAAACCUAUAUUUACUCAUGGGCUUGAUGUGACUGAACUUCCAGGGAUUGCCGGGUGGCUAGAUAAGCUUCUCUCUAUUGCUUUUGAACAAACUCUUGUUGAGCCCAAUAUGCUGGUUGUUGAUGUUGAGAAAUUUGUUACACCGCAAGAAGGGCCUUGGUUCUCUGUGGAUGAAAAGGAUCCUGUUGCUUAUGUGAAAGUAGAACUUAUUGAGGCAUCUGACAUGAAGCCAUCAGAUCCAAAUGGACUAGCUGAUCCUUAUGUGAAAGGUCGUUUGGGUGGAUACAGAUUUAGGACAAAGAUACAAAGGAAAACGCUCAAUCCUAAAUGGCUUGAGGAAUUUAAAAUUCCCAUCAUUUCAUGGGAUUCUAGCAAUGUGCUGGCGCUUUUAGUUCAUGACAAGGACCAUUUCUAUGAUGAUGAUCUUGGGGAAUGUUCUGUGAAUAUCAAUGAUCUCAGGGAUGGACAAAGACAUGAUAUGUGGCUGCCACUUCAAAACGUGAAAAUGGGGAGGUUGCAUCUUGCGAUAACCGUUGUUGACCAUGGCAAGGAGGUUGAUGCUACAUGCAAGCAAGAAACAGUGAAUACUGAAGAAAUGAGGAAAAGUUCAUUAAAAAAUGAGACUGCCAAUGAAGGUUCCUUCCCAUCUGUUACAUCUGAAAAACUUGCAAAGCUUAACGAUGACUUUGAGGCGAUAGAUGUUAUAGGGCAAAAGGAGACAGGAAUUUGGGUUCAUCACCCAGGAAGCCAAGCUUGCCCAAACUGGGAACCGAGAAAAGGGAAGGGUAGACGCCUUGAUACUGAGAUCUCCGGGGAGCAGAAUGGUUCAUCUCGCAACUUAAAAUCACAGGUUAAUGGUUCCAUGAAAAAUGAGAACUGUAGCAGCAGUCCUGAUGAUGAUUUUGAACAAAAGCAUCCUCAUAUGGGAAAAGUAAAGAGGGGACUGCACAAGAUUGGUGAUGUCUUCCGUAAGAAUUCGAAAAAGGAGGAUCAAAUUGGUUCUGGUGGAGAAGGUGUUCCAUCCCCUCGCGCAUUCCGCUGGAGUUUCAACAAGAAGGGGGAGGAUCUGUUUAGUCGUGGUAGAGAGGAUGUUCCAUCACCACAUGAUAACAUUAGGUCAGUCAAUUCCAAAAGUGGUGUUGGUUUGAAAUUUGUCAUGGACGAUAAUGUUUCUGGGUUUCCAACCGGCAAGCUUCAAGUAGAAGGCGAAGGCGAGUCGACUGAAGGAUCACCCCCGGAGAGUCCAAGCAAGGGAAAUGUCAAGGAGAAGGCGAAGAAUGUUUUGAAACACGCCGAGAAGGGCAUAAAGCAAGCUCUCUCUUUUAGGUCAAAGAAACGUAGGAGUAAAGGUGACCCGACCGCCACAGUGCCGGAAACCUUUGAUGAAUCCGAGUCGUCUUCUGAUGAAUCUGCUCCUGUUCCGGUGCGAUCAGCUGGAGACGAAAGUAUUCCUGUUGCGUGUGAGGGCAAUGCUUCUCCCGGAAAUGUCUCCCCCAACCCCAAGGUGGUUGUGGUUCAUAAAGUCCAAUCUGACACUCCUGUGGAUGAUGAGGCCCCAAUCAAGGAGGAGAUUUUUGAAGAGGAGACUCAAAGGGUUACUAGUCCUGAUAGGCCUAGUGAAGAUUCUUUUGAAGCAAAAGGUGAUAAAAAUGAAGUGGUGGCUGAUAAAAGAGAUAAUAGUUAACCCAAAUGAAAGCAUGUCUUGGCAAUUUUAUUCCACUUUGUAGCAUCCAUAGUUGUCUUUCUCUUUUGUUUGUACAGCAGCUUUCUUAGUUGUUGCCUUUGAUAGGCCUUUGUUACAUAAACAUUUUCAUGGGGUAUAGAGCGAGUGUUUUACACAGUAUAGAGAUUUGUAAACAUGUAAAGUAAUUUGCAUGAACCCAGAAAAGAAAAAAGAUGCAGAUAACAGAAGUUACAAUCUGGUUGUUACCUUGUAGCA